UACACCUUUCAUGAGGCAAGUACGGAAAGUUUUGGACCUUUCUCUGCCACCGAACGCGCCCGGGAAUCCGAAGGGCCCACUUGCCAGCGUCCCUCCCUCCGCCCCGCGACAAGCGGCCGCUGACCAGGGACCACUCGCCGUCUCCGAAUCGUCCGCCGGCCGCCGCUGUCUCCCGCCGUCGCCGCCGAUGCCCGGCGCCGGCGCCGGCGCCGGCGCGAUUGCCUCUGCCCUCCUGCGCGCCCACGUCCCGCUCAUGCCGCCGCCGCGCGCGUUCCCCUGCCUCGCGGCGGCGCGCCUCCCUUUCCUCCGCGCCCGGGCGGCCACAGCAUCGUUCCCGUUCCAGUCCUCGUCCUCACCGCGCCUUCCCCUCCUCCCUCGCCUCUGCUCCGCGCGCUCCUUCUGUGGCGUUGCUUGUGCUUCUCCUGGCGGCGCGGGGUCGGACCCGGCGGCGGAGCAGCGGCCGCAAGAGUCGGAGCUCAUCUUCCUCGGCACGGGCACCAGCGAGGGCAUCCCGCGCGUCAGCUGCCUCACCCACCCCACCAAGACCUGCCCCGUUUGCACCAAGGCGUCCAAGCCGGAGAACCGGAACAGGCGGCGCAACACCUCCAUCCUCCUGCGCCAUGCCACUUCCUCGGGCACCGCCAACAUCCUCGUCGACGCGGGCAAGUUCUUCUACCACUCGGCGCUCCAGUGGUUCCCCACGUUUGGGUUGAGGACGAUUGAUGCUGUCAUUAUUACCCAUUCUCAUGCUGAUGCCAUUGGAGGACUUGAUUGCCUUCGUGAUUGGACGAACAAUGUCCAGCCAUCGAUCCCAAUAUAUGUGGUGGAUCGUGAUUAUGAGGUGAUGAAGAUGACCCACUAUUAUUUGAUUGACACAAGUGUUGUUAUACCUGGAGCUGCAGUUUCAGCAUUGCAAUUCAACAUUAUAAAAGAGGAACCAUUUAUGGUUCAUAAUCUUGAGGUGAUUCCUUUGCCUGUUUGGCAUGGUCAGGGUUACCGCUCUCUUGGUUUUCGUUUUGGUGACAUAUGCUACAUAAGUGAUGUUAGUGAUAUACCGAAAGAAACCUACGAGCUUCUGGAAAACUGUGAACUUCUUAUAUUGGAUGCUCUAAGACCUGAUCGUUCUUCUUCAACACACUUUGGGCUACCAAGGGCCCUCGAUGAAGUUAGAAAAAUCAAACCAAAGAAAACAUUGUUUACUGGAAUGAUGCAUUUAAUGGACCAUGAGAAGGUAAACAAUGAUCUUGCCAGGCUGAUGGAAACAGAGGGUCUUGACAUCCAGCUUAGCUAUGAUGGUCUCAGGAUACCUGUAAGGCUUUAGAAUUAUUAUUCUUCCGAACACACGCAAUGUUCUUUCUUUUAUGUGCUGCUAGUUGAUGUUUACAGAGUUUCUUUAGUUCCACUUCAGUAAAAUGAUGAUUACCAAAUGUAAUCUGUUGAACUCGGAUGCAUUGAGCCUUUCCUUUUCGUUCUUUCCCCUCAAAAGAGGAAACUUAUGUAAGCAAAGUUACACCAUCUCAUUUCCCAACGGAAUAAAGUCAGAUUACUGAUUUUUAUGAAUC